AGAAGUACCCCGAAGCUACUCUUCCAGACGUCUUACCACACACUCGGGGUCCCAGGCCUUUUACAUUCCCCCACUCUUCCGAUUUCGUUUUUGUUCUCUUUUCCUUCCCGUGGCCUUUUCUCAUCAUGGCUCCCAAGGCCGAUGUCCAGGUUUUGAUCAUCGGUGGAGGUAUUGCGGGGUUGACACUGGCCAACAUCUGUAAACGGAUUGGACUGACCUACAAGGUGCUGGAACGCACUGCUGAAGUGACCCCCGUGGGUGCUGGUAUCUCGCUGGCCCCCAAUGCCCUCCGACUCUUGGACCAACUGGGGUUCAUGGACAUGAUCCGGAAGGAAGGCCAACCGCUGCGCAAAAUCCAGGUCUUCCGCAACACGACGAAAUGGAGUGUGCUCGACUUUGAAUGGCUGGAGGGGACCUAUGGGUAUUCCAUGUACUCGAUGCCGCGACACUCGCUCCACCGGGCCCUGUACCAGGCGACCGGGACGGAGCACGUCAUCCUGGACGCCGAGGUGGUCAGCUUCGAGGACGACGCCAGCUCGCCGGUGGUCAAGGUACGCCUGGCAGAUGGGCGGGAGUUCAGCGGCGAAGUGCUGGUGGGUGCUGAUGGCAUCCGGUCGAUCACUCGACGCCUCCUUGCGGACAAGCAAGGGCUGGCGGGCGUCAACACCAUUCGCUUCACCGGUCGCACCCACAUGACGGGCAUCUCGUACCCGCUCACGCAUCGGGGGCCCGAGGAUCUCGGGGUGGCCACCUGGGUUUUCUACGAUGACUGCAUUCUGACCUCUUGGCCGUGCAUCGAGAACCGCCAAUGGUUUGUCGGCGUCAAGCAAUCCGAGGCCAAGACCAUCACGCGCUCCACCUGGAAGGGGGCAACCAAGGAGAUGAUCAACGAGGUGUAUGGCCACCGCUUCCAUCCAAUGGGCAAGAAUGGCACCGUCCGUGAUGUGGUCGACAUUGCCGAGCGAGUGACGGCCAGUGAUGUGUUUGAGGAGACGGCGUUCCCCGAGAUGGCCUUUGGCCGAGUGGCCUUGGUGGGAGACUCUGCCCACUCCAUGACGUCAUUUAUUGGCCAGGGCGCCUGCCAGGCCAUUGAGGAUGUAGGCGAGCUGGCCAACGGGCUGCACACCUACUUUGCCGGCCAAUCCAACGAUCCGCAGGUGCUGCGGAAUGUGCUGGUCGAUUACCGCAAGAGCCGGGAGCCACGCGCGCGCAAUCUGGUGUAUUACUCGAGCAUCUUUGCGCAGGUGCAUACGGGACGGUUGCCCUACGGAUUGGGGCCAAUUGCCCGUCGCAUCGCGUUCUCAUAUGCUCCGACGUGGUGUUGGAAAUGGGCCACCGACCCGCUGUAUGGAUACCAGCCUCGCGUGCACGCGCUGGAUAUGUUGAGUUAGAUGUGUGGUUACUGUUAGAUGUUUAAUGAAUGGCGUUGGCUUUGGCUGGCUGAACGAGCGAGAUAGGCUCGUUAUCCAC